GAGGACGGGGCUGCUGGUCGCCAUGGCCACAGCAACAGACCAGGUGGUUGGAUUCGGCUUGGUUGCCUUCAGCCUCGUCCUCUUUGUUUAUUACACCCUCUGGAUCAUCAUACUGCCCUUCAUUGACAGUGACCAUGGCAUCCACCAAUACUUCUUGCCCAGAGAGUAUGCAGUUAUCAUCCCCGUGGUAGCUGGGCUGCUGCUGCUUUUAUUUAUAGGUGUUUUUAUAAUGGUUGUGAUGUGGAAGAGCAGGAAACCUGCCAAGAAAUCGGACUGAAGCCCAGCUGGGAUGAGAAGGUGCCCACUCUGCAGCAUCGUAGCCAGGAAAAGACUUUGCUGGCAGCAGUGGGCAGAUGCCUGCUCCAGAGCACUCAGCACUGAGCCGGCUGUGUUCUCCCACGUUCCUUCCUGCAGAGAUGAAGCCACCUGUAGUUCACAACUUACUGACCAAAGGGAAGCAAAACUGACCUCGGGGCUCAUUGCAAG